AUGCUCUCCCGUCUUUUGGCUUAUCUGACUUGCGCUGGAUUCGCAGCACCCACACUGGCUCAGUCAGUCUUUGCGCACGUGAUUGUCGGAAACACGUACAGUUAUACACGGGAUGACUGGGUCCGCGAAAUUGCAAUAGCCUCGAAUGCGAGCAUCGACGGCUUCGCACUCAAUAUUGCCUAUCUCGACACCAUCAAUCCUGGCGGCUUUGUGCAGGCGCAACUUGACAAUGCAUACCAGGCAGCGGACGGAGCUGGGUUUCAACUAUUCUUGUCACUUGACUAUGCCGCGCAGGGCACCUGGGACCAGAACGCAGUGAUCAAGACCAUCACCGACUACAGUUCGCGUCUGAGCCAGUUUAAAUGGGAGGGGAGGCCUGUGGCGUCAACUUUCGAGGGCCCUGACAGUGCAGGCGACUGGGGAUACAUCAAAUCUCAAACGAAUUGCUUCUUCGUGCCGGAUUUCUCCAGCCAGGGAGCAUUCGGCGCUGCAGCCAAGCCCCACGUUGACGGUCUUCUGUCAUGGAACGCAUGGCCUGAGGGUGCAAACAAUAUGACAGAUGCUGAUGACCAGGCCUAUGUCGCAGCGCUCAAGGGCAGACCGUACAUGAUGCCCGUGUCCCCAUGGUUUUAUACUAACCUGCCCCAAUGGUCGAAGAAUUGGCUCUGGCGAGGCGACCAUCUUUGGCACCAUCGAUGGCAGCAGGUAGCAGAGAUGCAGCCGACACUCGUGGAGAUUCUGACCUGGAAUGACUGGGGUGAAUCCCACUAUAUCGGCCCACUACCAGCUACUGACUCAGCGAUCCCAACGGGCGCUCAAUUAUAUGUCAAAGGCAACACCCACCACGCCUGGCUGAAGGACCUACCACACUAUAUCGCAAAAUAUAAGCAUACAACCCGACCUGAUGAAAGCCAUGUCACCUUCUGGUACCGCCUGAACCCCAGCAACUCAGGCUCAUCAGGGGGAACGACUUGCAACGCGCCCAAUUUCCAGACCCCGAAACGUCCGCACGAGUGUGUAGCCGAUGCAGUCUUUUUCACUGCUUUUGUACCGGACAACGCCAUUGCGACUGUGAAUGUAACGAUUGGCGGAGAAACGCAAUCAGUCACGGCGAUUGCGCCGGGCAUCUUUCAUUCUAGCGUGUCCUUCAAUGACGUGGGUGAUGGUGCUGUGUCUGUCGCUGUGAGUGCCAGCGAUGGUACUGAGAUCGGGCCAGUCAAUGGUGCUGCCAUCACGACGAACUGCGUUGGCGGCAUAGUCAAUUGGAAUGCUUGGGUAGGCGGAUCGUGA